UGAUAGUUUCGCUGCUGCCUGGGCGAUUCAGUCAUCUAUUUUAUCGGUGGCAACGAUGGAGGUGCUCAGUAACAAGGUAGUGUUGACCUACAUAACCAAACAAGCACCGCAUUUCAGGCAGACUGUUCGAUAUUCUGUGCAAUAAAAACCACUUGCAAGGUAAGUUGAAUACUCCCUCUGGGGUGAUUUGAUAAAGUGAAGGCGAUCACAUGGAAGCGGUGGACCCCACGAUUACGUCGUGACCAGCGGUCGUGACUUGCUUUCUCUCCGCAAUCAUCACUUUGCCGACCGGCGCUGACUUUCCGGGCAUUCCAGAGCAGCUUCAAAGAAAUCCAGUUUCAGACCCAGUCCGCAUUAUGAGCAAGACCUAAUAGUUUAGCCCCUUGGAAAAAAAGUCACUUCUUCGCUUCCUCCAUUCGCUAUGGCAGGCGACGGAAUCCAAUACACCCCUCCUCCCUCGCCGCCCUCGCCGACGGCGUCGUACUACGACGUCAGUGACGAUGAGGAGGAUGAAUACAACACCAUUUCUCAUUCUACCUCACGCAGAGGUGUCAAGCUUCUGUUUUCUAAGAGCAAGGUCUACGUGCAUCCAACUCCUUCCUCGAAAGAUAACAUCCCCGGAUUUAUUGCCCUCGUCCAACAAAAGCCCCUCCCCCCUCUUAGAGAUACUACUUCCGGAAACUCCUCCUCGGACAUCUCUUCCUACCUUCUAGCAUGGGUACCCGAAUCUUCUUUGGGUGAUGCCUACAGUACCUAUGUUAAAGUCGACCUAUCCGACGGUUCUUCCCCUCCGCGACAGAAAUACCUGGUGCCCGCUCUUCCGACGACGACAACCUAUAAGGACCCGAUCGGGCUCUACGCGUUCGCAGUUCCUCUGUCUGAAAUUUAUUCACUCCUUGUGCGACCUCCAAGUCUGGGGUGGUGGUUUGGGAGUCUUGUGAUCAACACUCGCGCAGGCGACAGCUUCCCCGCGCUGUUCUUCCAUGACACGGAGUGCGAGUCUACGAUACUGCAGAAGAAAAAGCGAACCAGGGAGAGUUUUGAUCCCUUUGGUGAGGAUGGAAAUGUCUUCUGGGGCGGGGAUGAAGUUCUGCGAUGGCUUCGGAAAUAUGCUGAGGUCCAGCGCUCGGCCGUGGACAAUAGUGUAUAUCUGAUCAACCCAUCGGAUGAAGAUCGUAUAUCAUUUGGACGACCUCUAACUGCAGAUGGCUCAACUGUCAAAGCUCAAGAUCAACCGGCUGCCGUUGCUCAGGCCAGCGGAAGCGGCCAACAAGAUGCUGGGAUGGACCCUUUUGUGAAAGCACUCAAGGAGACAAGGUGGAAGGUCCUUGAGCAGCUGAGCAAAAUCACAACCUUCACAAGGCGCACAGCUAACGAGUUAGCUGACAACCCUCGGAUACCCCCACAAGUCCGCCGUCUUAUGAAGACACCUGAGAUUCAGACUUUACAGGACGAGUUUGAUAGCGCCAGGCUAUACUUAGCACGGUGGGCCAUGAGCAUAUCAGAGCAAAGUGAACGCGAAAGAAACCAACGUAUAUUUACUGCACAAGAUGUUCUUAACAUGGAGAAUAGUUCUGUUGGGGAUUUCGAAAUCCUUGAUCUUGAGACAGGUACCUUGUCUAUCCAGGACCGUCGGAAGAUACUCACUUUGAAAGAGUGGGAGGGUUUCUUCGACCCGAGUACUGGACGGCUACAUGUAACCGUUGACGAAGUCAAGGAAAGGAUAUUCCAUGGCGGAUUGGAUCCGAAUGAUGGCGUCAGGAAAGAGGCAUGGCUCUUCCUUCUAGGGGUAUAUCCGUGGGAUAGUAGCCAUGAGGAACGGCAAGCAUUGAUGAACUCGAAGCGGGAUGAGUACAUCCGGCUUAAGGGCGCCUGGUGGGAACGGAUGAUUGAAGGCACGUCUUCGGCGGAAGAGUAUGACUGGUGGAAAGAGCAAAGAAACAGAAUAGAGAAGGAUGUUCACCGCACAGAUCGUACGAUACCCCUGUUUGCAGGGGAAGAUAUCCCCCACCCAGACCCGGAUUCGCCCUUUGCGGAUACCGGCACGAACGUGCACCUCGAACAGAUGAAAGAUAUGUUGCUCACGUACAACGAAUACAACCCGGAUCUGGGCUAUGUGCAAGGCAUGAGUGAUCUUCUGGCCCCGAUCUAUGCUGUCAUGCAGGAUGAUGCAGUUGCAUUCUGGGCAUUUGUUGGCUUCAUGGAUAGAAUGGAACGGAACUUCCUCCGCGAUCAAUCUGGCAUGCGUGUGCAACUUCUCACUCUAGACCACCUUGUUCAACUCAUGGAUCCUCAGCUCUAUCUCCAUCUCCAAUCCGCUGAUAGCACGAACUUUUUCUUCUUCUUCCGGAUGCUCUUGGUCUGGUACAAGCGCGAAUUCGAAUGGCCAGACGUCUUACGUCUCUGGGAAACAUUAUGGACCGAUUACCUUUCCAGCAGCUUCCACCUUUUCAUCGCCCUUGCAAUCCUCGAAAAGCACCGGGAUGUCAUAAUGGAUCACCUGAAGCAGUUCGACGAAGUCUUGAAGUACAUCAACGAACUCUCCAAUACAAUGGAACUCGUUCCGAUCCUCACACGCGCCGAAUCACUAUUCCACCGCUUCGAACGAGCCGUCCAGGCCAUCGACAAGAAAAACAACUUCCCUGCACCUGCCGCCCAUCAACGGAAGCCCACACAAGACUCCUCCGCUAGCACAAACAAUAAAGGCAAAUCACCCCAACGACCCCAAAAUACUGCCUUCAGCAGUGGCGUCAGUGCCGGUCCCAGUUCAGCACCUGACAGUGAAGGAGAAACAAAGGUGGUCUCCCCGGAACUGAGGGAACUUUUUCACAAGGACAUUCCAUGGGCACGUAAAUCGCCUCCGAAACAGCAGCAGCACAAGCAGCAGGAAGAGCCUGCGAAAGGAGAGUCGUCAUCGUAGAGAGCAAUAGCCUCCACCUACUUUGUUCCUCUCCUUUUUUGAUUCUCCAUUGGCGCCUAUUUCCAAAUCACGAAUUAUGACUCGUUUGUUAUGUUUUGUUUUCUCAACUCUUCCUCAUCUGUACCAUGUAAUGAAAUGAUUGAUGGACGUCUAUCUGGAUAUCUGCUCGUUCGAGAUUCGUUUGAUUUGAUUUGGUUUGGUUUGGUACGGUAUGGUGGCGUUUUACUAUUAUCUUUCGCGUACUGCGACUACUACUACUACUGAUUAUCUGGGCAAUGCAUCCAUUUCCUUACGAGUAUCUCUGACAUUAAGAAUCUACUAAACUACACAAAACGGAACAUGGACAAAAGUAAUAUCAACA